AUGGGUCUCAACUUCUCCCGAAUCUUUGCCUCUUUCCUUGGCAAGAAGGAAAUGCGUAUUCUGAUGGUCGGUCUUGACGCUGCCGGAAAGACCACCAUUCUGUACAAGCUCAAGCUUGGCGAGAUUGUCACGACGAUUCCCACUAUCGGCUUCAACGUCGAGACCGUCGAGUACGGCAACAUCCAGUUCACCGUGUGGGAUGUCGGAGGACAGGACAAGAUCCGCCCUCUGUGGAGACACUACUUCCAGAACACCCAGGGCAUCAUCUUCGUGGUCGACUCCAACGAUCGCGACCGUAUCAUCGAGGCCCGCGAGGAGCUGCAGCGCAUGCUCAACGAGGACGAGCUCCGCAACGCUGUCCUCCUGAUCUUCGCCAACAAGCAGGAUCUGCCCAACGCCAUGAACGCCGCCGAGAUCACAGAUAAGCUCGGUCUCCACAGCAUGCGGCAACGCCAAUGGUUCAUCCAGUCGACGUGCGCCACGUCCGGUGACGGUCUGUACGAGGGACUUGACUGGCUUUCGGGUGCGCUGAAGAAGAGCCAGGCUAGCCAGUAA